AUGGAGCGCCAAGCGCCACAUGUCGUCCCCAAUGCGACGACACGCGCGCCCGUACGAUCGCGUCUCCCCACGGCGCUGCGCGUGCCCAUCCUCAUCAGCCUGAACAUGGGCAUCAACAUGCUGCUCUGGGAGUUUACCGCCAAUUUCCUCCAGCCCGAGCUGGGCGCCGUCAGCAAAGUGCCCAACGAGGACGAUGUCACGUCUUUCUACUCGCCCGUCGCGCGCAUUGCCAUGCGCUUCCUGACGGUUUGGAUGACGUGGUACUUCAGCUACGACUUCUACGAUGUCUCGGCCCUCACCGUCCUCACCUACGCGCCCUUUACCUACCUCCUUACCACCUUCUACGACAUCUCGGCCUUGACCGCCGCGGCCAACAUUUCCAUCGAGGUCCUCUCCUUCGCCGUACCCACGUACCUCCUCCGCCCACGCUCCAUCGUCCACAGGAGCAACGAGCCCCUGCGCAACCGCUUCCUCCUCAACAGCGUGCAGGUCCAGGUCUCUUCCUCGAUGCUCGCAGCAGGCGUCUACGUUACCAUUCUCUGGGCUGGCCUGAAGAGCGGUCUCCUCAACACUUUCCUCGUCCAGUACUUCGACAUCCCCACCCUGGAAGCCGCACAUCUCGAGACCCCUGUGUCCAUCCUCAUCAAGACUGUCGUUGUCGGCAUUGCCGCCAAGGCCUUCUUGCUCAACCCUUCAUUCGCAGCCCAGCGCUCCGGUACCCAGACACCGGCUGACGACUUCGAUCCCGCAACCGCGACCCUGCCCAAGACGCUUGAACACAACUUCUUCAACUUCAGCAAGAGGACUAGGACACUGAUCCAACAGACGCUUAUUCUCAACGCCUUCUUGUUCGCCGGUACUGUCCAACGGUGUAUGACGCUCAUUGGUACCGACGUUGUUGGUGCGGUUGGAUAUGCCGGUGUGUGGGUUGCGGCGAAUACAGUGGUUGCCUUGUGGUAUGGAUGGGUUGGAGACACCAGUGCCGACUACGAGCCGUUGUAA